GGAGCAGCUGACCAAUCAGUGUGAAGACGUCAUCAAACUGCUGCAGAAAACCAUCAACAUCCUGCAGACCACACCUCUACCUGCUGCAGCCCAGGAUGCCGAGCAGCUGCUGUCCAGGUACCAGGCGGUGAUGCGCAGCAUCCUUGAAGACAGCCGGUUGGUGCAGCUGCAGCAGGAGGGCGGGGCCUCGCUGUCACGGCUCCGCAGGGAGGAGAGCAACGUUGGCGUGACGGCAGAUCAGCGGGCAGCGGUGGAGACGGUGUCGUCUCUGUACGACGAGGUGGACGAGCUGCUGCACCGCCUGGUGACUCUGUCCAACUCCAGGACGCAACAGCUCAACUUCAUCCUGAACUUCAGCAGCCUGGAGACGGGCUUCAGCGAGGUGACGUCGUGGCUGCAGGAGGUCGGAGAGGUUCGUCUGAAGAGUCUUGACGAACCCGAAGAUUCUCUGGAGCUUCUCAACAGGAAACAAGAAGAAUUCAAAGACUUCCACACGACUGCAUACCAGGAGUACUGCAAACGAGGCGAGGCGUUGUUGAGUCGUCUGGAGCGUUGGGGCAACAUGUCGUCAGCCGACCUCCAAGUCUAUGAGGUCAAAGUUCAUUCUUUCUGGGCUCAGCUGCAGGACUUCUCCCAGCGGGUCAGCGCUACGGGCCAGAGCAUCGAGCGGGCCCUCCGACUCUACAGCUUCUUAGACCAGGCAUAUGGCUGGGCAUUGGAGGGUAUGCGUCACCUAGCUGGUGUCAGUAUGGAGGAGUGCACGCUGCCAGACAAAUGCCAGGCUGUGAUUGGCUGCCUGGAAGAAUACCAGCGCCAGCACCCACCAAUCCCAGAUGAGCGCUUCCAGGAGAUGAAGGUGGCGGCUGGCGAGCUGCGGGGGGAGCGAGGCCUCCGUCAGUGGAGCUUCGCUUGGUCCAAGUGUCAGGAGACCAAGAGGAUGUUCGACAGGAAGAUGGAGGCGGCCCUCAGGACACGGGACUCCGCCCACAGGCCGCGCUCUGACUCCGCCCUCAGCAGGAGCUCCGCCUCAUCCAGGAGAUCACUGUCAGGACUCUGGGGGAUCUUUGAGACCUCCUCCUCAUGUCCCCCCGAGCAGAACGCCUCCUCACCUCCUCGUAACCCCUCCUCCCCCGUCACCCCCCAGCACACGCCGCUCCUCCAGCGUCUGUUCCGCAGCGUCUCCUCAGAGGAGUCGUCAGACCGGGGGGAUAUCUGCUCCUCUAGACCCAGCCUCCCCCGCCUCGACUCUUUCGCCAGUUCCUCCCCCCCCUCCUCCUCCUCCUCCUCCUCCUCCUCCUCCUCCCUCUUCUCCUCCAGCAGACGGCAGCAGCUGAGGAAGACUCAGAGCUUUGACUGCCCCUCCACCCCCGAGGUGUCGCGGUACGGACCGUGUCCCCGCGCCCUCAGCGAGCCGGUGCGCAGUGGAAACACGGGCGUGUUCAUCCGCGGCCUGGAGGUCAGCAGCUCUGAGGCCGCCGACCACACGCUGUGUCCCAGGACCGCCGCUCACGGCUGGGCAGGACAGGGGCUCCGCAGCCCCGGGACCCCCAGAACGAGCCCAGCAGGAGAGUCCCGCCCCCGAGGAAGUAAGCUGCGUCACGUGGUGGAGGAGAUGGUGACCACGGAGAGGGAGUACGUGCGCUCUCUGCGUUACAUCAUCCAUCACUACUUCCCAGAGAUGGACCGAGCCGACCUUCCUCAGGAUCUCCGGGGGAAACGCUCCGUCGUCUUCGGGAACCUGGAGAAACUUCUGGACUUCCACAGUCAGUUCUUCCUCAGAGAGCUGGAGGCGUGCUGGAAACACCCGCUCAGAGUGCCGCACUGCUUCCUGCGACACCAGGAGCAGUUCAGUCUGUACGCUCUGUACAGUAAGAACAAACCAAAGUCUGACGCUCUUCUGGCCAAUCACGGGAACUCCUUCUUCAGGAGGAAGCAGAUGGAGUUAGGAGAUAAGAUGGACUUGUCCUCCUACCUGCUGAAGCCCAUCCAGAGGAUGAGUAAAUACGCUCUCCUGCUCACUGACCUCAUCAAGGAGGUGGGCGGGGCCCAGGAGGCGGAGCUUGUGGCGUUGCAGGCCGCCACCGACAUGGUCAAGUUUCAGCUUCGCCACGGAAACGACCUUCUGGCCAUGGACGCCAUCAGAGACUGUGAUGUGAACCUGAAGGAGCAGGGUCAGCUGAUGCGUCAGGAUGAGUUCACGGUCUGGAGCGGGAGGAGGAAAUGUCAGCGUCACAUCUUCCUGUUUGAGGAGCUGAUUCUGUUCAGUAAACCUAAGAAGAUGGAGGGAGGUCUGGACGUCUUCAUCUACAAACACUCCUUCAAGACAGCAGACGUCGGUCUCACAGAGUCCACCGGAGACAACGGGCUGAGAUUUGAGAUCUGGUUCAGGAGGAGGACGUCAAAGAACCAGACCUUCAUCCUUCAGGCCCCCAUGUCAGAGGUCAAACACGCCUGGACCUCUGACAUCGCCCGCAUCCUGUGGACCCAGGCCACCAGGAACAAAGAGCUGCGUCUGAAGGAGAUGGUGUCGAUGGGAGUGGGAAACAAACCGUUUCUGGACAUCCAGCCAAGCGAUGCCGCCAUCAGUGACCGAGCCGUUCAUUACAUCAUGAAGAGCAGAGGUGCUAGAACGCGGGCAUCCAUCGCUGUCUCCGUCUUUGAUCACUCCAACCCUUUCAAACGAGCAGCGGUGACCUCUGACCCCAUGACAUCAGGACCAUCUUCAACUAGCCUGCUGGGACCGCUCAAUCUGCACAUGUACAGUCAAACCUCGUCCUCCUCUCCUGCUGCUGAGAGCUCCUUCAUCACUUCCUGUAUUGAGGAAGACGAGCAGGAACAUGAGACCAGCAGCCAGCCCUCCAUGACCACAGAGAGUUCGGGCUCGUCGUCUCGAUGUCUCUCCGGCUCCACGGGCUCUGACAGCGGUUGUGUCUCCUCCCACCUGCAGGAGGCGCUGCCAGAGGAGCCCAGCCCCCUCAGCCAGCCUUCUUCCUCUUCCUCCAUCUCCUCCAACAAACAGCACCUCAACAGCCAGUACAUUUCACCUAAAGCAGCUCCGGUCAUCAGUCCGGCCACCAUCGUGUAAUCAGCUGACCUGAUGGACUCGACUGUGUGUGUUGCUGCUGCAGUGAGACACCGGGAGAGUCGACCUGUCAUCUGUAGUUUCUGAUCUGAGCUCAGUUUUAUUUAUGUUCAGGUUCAGUAGAGUUUAUGUUGGUAGCUGCUGCUUGUUACUGAUCCAGGAUCAGGUCUGUGUCUCUGAGCUGGUCUAGGAUCAGGUCUGUGUCUCUGAGCUGGUCUAGGAUCAGGUCUGUGUCUCUGAGCUGGUCUAGGAUCAGGUCUGUGUCUCUGAGCUGGUCUAGGAUCAGGUGGACUAACUGUACAUGUGUGUAAAUAAAGUGUCGCUUUUCUUAUCUGAGUAAUAAACACAGUUUGUUCAAAACUGA